AUGUCAACGGAUAACAUCAACAACCCUGUAAUAACGGACACUUCCACAGGAAAUACGUCUAACACGGAAAGGUUUACUCAUAUGUUGAGAAGGUCAAGUGCGAGAUUAAGAGCGACGUCCGUCCCAGCAUUAGAUUCUGAACAGACAACGAAUCCCCCAUUGGGACCCGACCGGUCACCUGCCGCUGAGGAAGCUACGCCUACUGCGACGAGCAGCCAACGAGGUGGGAACCGGGGACGAGGUCGUCGAACUGCUAGAGGAUCGGCUAGACCUGCUGUCGAGAACAGGAACCAGGAAGGCGGAACCCCGUCGGUGACACUCACAGUGCCGGGCGCCAACGCAAAUGGAAGUGCAACUCCUGGAGCGCCUUCGGCAUCUAAUCUUCAACCAGGAAGCGGUUUGUCAGCAAUCAGUCAAGUAGGUUUAGGUACAACCCAGGGGUCAAAUCGUACCUCUGUCAUCCACCCUGCAGCUUCAAACUCGACAGGAUUAAUCGCUGAAGAGAACGUUGGAGGCAAUGCAACCGUCAAUAAGUCACCUCCGCGCAGGAACACGACGUCUGCCGUGGUUAGCCCACCGAAGGGCAUGCACUCUUGGUUGAUCGCCAAUGGAUUGUCCUUAACCAAUGCUUCAGGCUCAGUGACGCCUAAUGGAUUUACGACAGGACUUGGAUGCCUACCUAAGACUCUUGCCAACCCGACUUCCAAACAAGCUCCUUGUUUCGACUUAACUAAAGAUACCGACAAUGAUGCGACUCCGUCUUCAAAAGAAACUGACACGUCAAAGUCAACGGCUAAAUCGAAACCCGAAGUCAGUACCAAGGGCAUAGAAAACACCGGUCUAGUCAGCUUAUCAAAACAUUGGCACGACAAACUCUCGCCACUAGUGGGAUACGUACCACUGUCUAUCUUCAAUAUCAAUUGGUUGAAAUUGGACCUGCUUAGGACAACCUCUCGCCCCCGAACUUCAAAAGAUAAAGAUGACAAGUAUGUCGGCAUGGAGGUUCCAGAAGAGUGGAAGAUGUCCUUCGGAGAGUGGGUGACAGCUUUCGAUCUCUUCGUGGCCUAUCUGGUGCAUUACAAACAUGUCGGCCUAGCCAAGCGUUUCAAGGUCCAUAAAGAGAACGUGUUCGCAAUUAUGAGAGAAAGGAGGAGUUGGCCAAUGGCUUUUCGGUACGAUAUGGCAAUACGAACAACGGUGCUUACUAUUCGGAACUCUGACGGCAAAUUAGCGGACCCCGGAGACCGGAACGAAACGAUCGAGAGGGAUGCCCGUCUAGAGACAGAACGUUUGGGUGACUUCGACCCUCGGUUCGCAGACUGUAAUCCUUAUGCAGAAGGGCAAGUCAAGUCUCACAUUAACCCGAUCAGCGGCGAACGGAUGCGUCACAAUGAGAACACCUUCGGAUCUACCAGGAACGACCAUUCUAUGAGUUCUACUUACGGGAAACCGAAUGCGAGAUCUUGGGCCUUUGCAAAUCAGGUGGUUUAUGACGGCCCAGGAGGUGUGAGCUUCAACGACGCUGAGGAUAGGGGACAUGGGAGCCGUAGGAACCGUGGACGUGGCAGGGGUGGUCGCUGGAAUGGCGGAGGUGGUUUCGAGGCUCCACCUAGGGGUAGGCGAGGAAACAAUGAUUAUGACGAGAGAAGAGCUGAAGGCAGCGGUUCUUGGAAACGUGAAGAUAGGCGCGAUGACCGCCGAGGCGAGGAGCGCGGGCCCGUGGGUCCUAAGUUUGGCGGCCAAGGGAAGGCAAAGUAA